ACAAGACUUUUCUUUACAACUCUGACGAUCAGUUCCUACUCCCUAUUGUUUGUCUGCUCUGGAUCUCUGCUGUGCAAAAUGACGUCUAUCGGUGAUCUUCUGGAGGAGAAGAAAGAAUGGAAGGUCUCAGAGUAUUCAGUCUACAAGUACAUCCCUAACCAAGAAACCAUUAAUCGGGAUGGGGCUGAGCCAAGAGCUGCUGGACAAGGUUUCAGCCUCAUCCUGGUGGGUACUAGUAUAUCAACAGAUCGUGAGCCCUUCCUGAGAGAGCACGUGGGGACCAAGAUCACACACAGCUCUCUCUACCGCUCCAAUGGACAAGUCACCACCCUCGACCCAGAGCUGUUCCCUCCCUCCUCACAAAGCUACCACUGUCUGGUGGAGGUCAGCCCUGAUGAAAACAACAGCAAAAAUGAAGAAGAAAUUCUCUAUCUUCUCUCGUUCAUGUCCAUAGGGAAGCAAGGACUCGACCUGUUUCGAACUGAGCUGGACAAAUACUGCAAAUCUCUUCACCCUCUACUACGAGAACUGCCUCCGAGUAAUCCUUCUGAGUCAUUCCCGGGGUCUAACCUCGAGAUCAGAGUCAAGAAUUGGUUCUCUGAAAAUGUUGAGUAUCUCUCUAGAGUGGUGCAGCGCUGUCAGAAAGAGCUGCCUUUGCUCCUACACACAGCGGUGGAGCCGUACGUAGAGGUGGCGGGUGAUGACCUGGGGGCAAUCAAGGAUAUCAAUGAGUUCCUAGAGGCGUGCAGCCUAGCCAACCUGAUGCAGUUCUCCAGUGAGAGUAGUCCAGUCGACCAAUCCUUCGUCAAGAUAACAGUCACUAAGGAUGAUUGUCAGGUGACUGGAGGAGAGUCCAGUAAGUUCACGGAUAAUUGGGCCCAGGUGUUGCUGGCUCAAGGGACCGCCUCCCCUGACCCUUUCUUUAUACGACAAGCCAUCGAGAACUACAAGCUCAAGAUUAUUCAGGACUUGAAUGCACUGAAGAGGUUGUUGAGACAAGCGGAGACAGACUACCACUCACUAUUCAGGUGUUUUGUGUUCAUGGUCUCAUGUUCCAACGGUCCUCUCCUCCUCCGCUGUGCCCUCCAGGAGGCACAGACCCUCUCUUCACCUGACACCAUGGCUGUACUGGAAGCCAUCAAACUGUACACUGACAAGCACGGCUUUCAGAACAAUUUAACUACAUAGCUGCCAUAUCUCAGAUAUAAUUUUGUAAUUAUAUAAGGGCACCCCGUUCUUUUAUUGAUCAGAUACAGAUUUUAAUGAGAUAA